CACGUGGGCUUGUCAGUGACGCCAGUAGGGCUCGAGCGCCGGGCCUUUCAGUGAGGGGACGGUAAACAGAUACUGUAGAGAGGGUCAGAAUCAGUCGGACUUCGAGCCCGCCGUGGCAGGGGUUAUGAGCCUCGAUGAAUACGCGAAGACGCCACGGUCCCUCCAGUACUGAGCAGGGAGUCUACCUCGGGCCAACGCAGACGCAAGUCCUCACUUCCAAACCCAUACCUUCAGCAUCAAUUGCUUCUGGCCCGGCCCCCGCCAUUCACGGAGAGAUCAUGUCCUGCCGCGAUCGCACGCAGGAGUUUGUUGCUGCUUGCAAGUCCAUGCAAAGCAGACAGAAUGGGCUACAAGUUAACAAGCCUCUCCUGAAUGCUGUACGCCAGCGGAGCGAGUUCACCACCAUGGCAAAACGGAUCGGUAAAGAUUUGAGUAAUACAUUCUCCAAGCUGGAAAAGCUGACCAUACUGGCGAAGCGGAAAUCCUUGUUUGAUGACAAAGCUAUUGAAAUUGAGGAGUUGACCUACAUCAUCAAACAGGAUAUAAACAGCCUGAACAAGCAGAUUGCACAACUGCAGGACUUCGUGAGAACUAAGGAGAGCCAGAAUGGCCGUCACUUACAGACGCAUUCCAAUACAAUUGUGGUCUCGCUACAGUCCCGGCUGGCCUCCAUGUCGAAUGAUUUUAAGUCGGUUCUCGAAGUGAGGACAGAGAAUCUCAAAAUGCAGAGAAACAGGAGAGAGCAGUUCUCACAUGCUACAGUUUCAAGCCUCCCACCAUCAGCCGCAAAUGGUUAUGGUGGUUCGGUGUUGCUGCAAGAUGAUGCACGCAGGUCAGGGGACAUCGCCAUUGACAUGGAUGCCAAGACCAGCCAGCAGCUUCAGCUCAUUGAUGAGCAGGAUUCCUAUCUCCAGAGCAGAGCUGACACAAUGCAGAACAUCGAAGCCACCAUCGUGGAGCUGGGCUCCAUAUUCCAGCAACUCGCGCACAUGGUCAAGGAGCAGGAAGAGACCAUCCAGAGGAUCGACGCCAAUGUCGAGGACACGCAGCUGAAUGUGGCAGCGGCUCAUACUGAGAUCCUCAAAUACUUCCAGUCUGUCACCUCCAACCGCUGGCUGAUGAUCAAGAUCUUCCUCAUCCUCGCUAUCUUCUUCAUCGUCUUCGUGGUGUUUCUCGCCUAGGUGCAGUCGCCCCGAAUUGGCAUCCCCUCCUCCAGAUUCCCUCCCUUCCUCUACCCCCACGUUCCCACCUGAGAAAGAGAGGUCCAUGGGUCUCGAAGGCCAUGGAAACGCAGACAGUGUAGAGUUCACCCCUUGGUCACAGAGCUCCAAUGUGCCAUUGCUGCCAUCUAUGGGGUAUUUCGCUCGUUGAAGUGGGUUGUCAAGUCUGGACCAGAGGCAGAAAAUGCCAGAACCGUGGAGCCAGCAGAGUUGUUGAUCCUCUUGCUUGUUUUGUGUGGCGUUGACUUGCCCCUUCUCCUCUCGAGCUGCCAUCUCAACCCUCCAGCGUUUCCUUCACCCUCUUCCAUCCUGUUUUGACCACUGUGUUGUCAGAGACUGAAUGGUGGCACUGAGGAGUGACUGAACAGAGCUUGCUUUCAGCCGAGAGGGCUCACUUGUUCACACCCAUGACCAGUUUGGAUUUUUCUUUGUGUGCCUCAACUUAACCUGUUUCUCCAUGUUGCCCCCUCCAGCUUUACCCCAUUCCUUGCCAGCUACUGGCUCCUUUUCCAAGAGUCCUUGGUUAGGUCAGCUUCAAAUGGUGUACCUUCAGUUUUGGCUGGUAACUGAGGCUAAUCUGUCAAGGUGAAUGCAGCCUGAUGUGCAUUGUUCCUUCCUCCAAAAGGACUAGCUAGUGUUUUAACUGUAACCCCUAAUCCCCUUCACUCCACCUGUCCCCCUGGUUUCCAUGCAUGGGCAGUGUCAUAACCUGCAGUUGGGUUGUGGGAUGGCUGGGUUUCAAAUCUGCCAGGCCUGCACACCCUCUGCCGCUGCCACUGAUGAUUUCCCCCUCCCACAUGCAAGGUUUGAGCUGUUCCCUUCAAUUCUCCCCUGGACAGGUGUGUAACCACCUCCCAACCUAAAAUCCACAUCUGCUUCCUGUGCCAGGCAGUGCCGGGCAUCAGUCACAGGGCAUCCUUCCUCAAUGCCUCACCCGUGUAUCUGCAGGUGGAAGCUCAGACUGGGCUGCCCAGGCCUGAAGGGCUUCAAGAAUAAGCCCUGCCUUGGAUGGUAAGGUAUCCCAGUGAGAUUUGGAUUGGUAGUGAGAUAGGUGGGUAGUGACAAAGGGGCAUGACCCCCUUGAUUGAUGUUAUGCCCUCUCUGAGCUCUGUCAAAUCUGCCCAUGUGGUUUAUUUAAAGGAGACGUUGAAAAUGAGUUCUGAGAGACUUCAGGAUGAUUCUGUAAAAUGUCCAUCUUCGACCAGAUUUAUAAAAAAUAGAGCAGUGAACGGGGAUUAUGGAUUAGAUAACAAAAGUCAACUAGGAUAUGUUCUGGGGGCAUGUUGAGAGAAAGUCUGGAGUAAUCCCCUGUUAAGUGUUUCAGUCAUGGUUCACUUAUUAGUAUUGUGGGGGUGUCAGCAAGGUGCUCCUUCUAACUUCCAGAAUCACCCUGCUGCCUUUAGAGGUUGGAGAGGAAAGGGAAAUGGGUGGGGAGAAUAUCCUUUCCCCUCAGUAGCUGCUUAAUCCUAGAAGCCUGCCUAUUGCUGUGCUUUUGAAGGUGAUGGCUAGGACCAGUGCCAAUGAAUUUGGAGUAGAAUCCCAAUGGGUAUGAAGCUGAGCAGAGUACACCCCAUCACUAACCCCUCAAGGGUACCCAUUGUCAUCAGGUAGGUCUCCAAGGUUCCAGUGCACUGGGUGAAACAUCCUGAGCUACAGCUGUCUGCCCACAGGGAAGGGAAUAACAAGCAGUUUUUCACCCCUCUCCCCAGCUGACCCUCAUCUCAAGUUGACCUGGGUGUCGGGGAAUAGCAGGAGACUGGAAGGAGUCACUACCUCGAGACUGGAAGGAGUCACUGCCUCAAGACUGGGUCUUAAGGUGCUGUGACAACCAGUUCUUCACUGAGUAACCAGCUAAUAGACCUCUCAGCAUCAGUGCUGCCUACUUUGAGAGUGUUUUCGAUUACUUUGGUGAGGACUUUUCCUUCAGUUCCAAUCAAUUUUGAUUUUAAAGCAAAUGUGAUUAUUCUUUAAUUUAAGAUGUAGCAAGUUGUUCUUAAACUAGGCUGCUACGCUUGCCAGUAUAAUUUCUGCUGGUUUUGCGUUGAUUACUGCAGCCGUCCCAAAAUGGCAUGGGUGUUAAUCCUUGCCUGUCGAUCUUCAGGCUGCAUGCACAAGGGAAGAACUAUGCCAUUUCUAUGGCAGGACAACCCGCAGCGCACACAAACGUCCUGCUCGCAGACUGUGGCUGCCUCCGAAAAGAAUGAGACUCCAGUUUCUCAGCAGAUCUACGCCCACUCCCUCAAAUGAUUCGACUGCCCCCUUGCCAUGGCAAAGAAGGGAGCUCGGACAGGCUUGCAUUUCCUCCUCGGGGUCUCUAAAGGAGUCUCCCCAUUGUGCAGGCUGGAGCUUGUUACCCUUCCAGGGAGAAUGGCAAGUUUGUACAUGCAACAUCCUUCCUCCCCCGCUUGCCCGUUCCCAACCUCUCAAAAAGAACUGGACCACCCCAGGCACUGCUGCUGUAAAUGAAGCCUUUUCUGCUCUUUAUUAAUUUUCACCAAGGAGCAGGUUAGUGUGAACUGUAUAGAAGUGUACAUAAAAUUACCUGCUUGAUAUGUGUAGAUAAUUCUUUUUUCAUGUAUUCAUUUUCCUAAAUCUCUUGAGUUACUGUGAUCUGGUCACAGCACUGCAAUGAUUCGGCCCUUUUUUCCCGGCUUUGCAGCCCUGUCUCUGUGCCUGGUCUCCUGUUAAGCUACAUUACUUCUGUCACAGUAUUAAAGUCAGAAUCUCUCCCUGCACUGCAUCCAUUCAGUGCAUAAUUUUGUUAACAAUCUUAUUUCACACGUCGCCAUCAUUGCCAGUUUUCCUAUUCCAUUUGACACACUUUACACUUAAUGAUAGAGCGAUGCUUGAUGCUGAUCAAAGGCGUAAAGGACAUGUUCUCCCUGCUGCAGCCAUGCUCCUCCCCACCACCACCAGCAACCUGACAAAUCUUAGAUCUCCUGCAGCCAGUAACAAUCAAACCUAUGAUCUGUCAGGUCUGUGUGUACUGUACUGUACCAGGCCCUCUGUGCAACCUCUUCGUUUGCUUAACCCAAAGAGUGACCUCUGCACAGGCUGAGGCAGGAUUGAGGACACCCCCACAUCCUGCCACUUGAGUUCUGUCAGUGUUUGAGGGCAUGACUGGUGGUGAGAGACAGUACUCAAUUCUGGGAGGGAAGCAGCUUCAGAUGGCUACUUUUCAGCUUAAGAGUGCACCUCCAUGGUGAAACUCAAUUGUAAUAUAAGCACUAAAUUUUAUUUUUAAAAAAAUGUAUAAUAUGUAUUAAUUUCAGCCCAAAGAUUACCCAUCCUGCCCCAAUAAAGCAUGUGAUAAAGCAUCUUUAGAAUCA